CCUGCUCGAACCCAUUAUGCGCUGGGGACGGGCCGGGUCUCUUUAAGGCCCUGCUGCGCCUGCGCCUUGGGCUUUCCUGACGCGGCCGGAGCGGGGAGGAACCCGUGGACUGGCCAGUGCGCUGGGCUCGGGUGCGAGUGGACACAGAGACAGAGAGAGACGCGGCGCCCCCCACACCGGGGUGGCGGUGGCGGUGGCCCCGAGUCCCCCGAGCGCGCGCGGCGCGGCACCGGAGGGCGGCGCGGAGGGUCGGCGGCGCGGCUGCCGGCUGCAUGGGAAGUUCAUGUUGACUGCCGAGUCCACCCGACGUUUCCAAGGUGGCGACAGACAAGGUUGCAGAAAAGCUGAGUUCUACUCUCUCAUGGGUGAAGAACACCGUAUCACACACAGUCAGUCAGAUGGCCAGUCAGGUCGCGAGUCCAUCUCCGUCAUUACAUACCACUUCCUCUUCCACCACACUGUCCACGCCAGCCCUUUCUCCGGCUUCCCCAUCCCAGCUGAGUCCAGACGAUUUAGAACUGCUGGCUAAACUGGAGGAACAAAAUAGACUGUUAGAGACGGAUAGUAAGUCUUUAAGAUCUGUAAAUGGGUCCAGAAGAAACAGUGGCUCCUCCCUUGUGUCAAGUUCAUCUGCCUCCAGUAACCUCAGCCAUCUUGAAGAAGACUCUUGGAUCCUUUGGGGAAGGAUUGUUAAUGAAUGGGAAGAUGUACGCAAAAAGAAGGAAAAGCAAGUUAAGGAGCUUGUUCGUAAAGGGAUACCUCAUCACUUUAGAGCAAUAGUUUGGCAACUUUUAUGCAAUGCACAAAGCAUGCCAAUUAAGGAUCAGUAUUCAGAACUGCUGAAAAUGACCUCACCUUGUGAAAAAUUGAUCCGGAGGGAUAUUGCUAGAACUUAUCCUGAACAUAAUUUUUUUAAGGAAAAGGAUAGCCUUGGACAGGAGGUUUUAUUUAAUGUAAUGAAGGCUUAUUCUUUAGUGGAUCGUGAAGUUGGUUACUGUCAAGGAAGUGCAUUUAUAGUUGGAUUGCUGCUAAUGCAGAUGCCAGAAGAAGAAGCAUUCUGUGUAUUUGUUAAAUUAAUGCAAGACUAUAGACUUCGUGAACUUUUUAAACCAAGCAUGGCAGAAUUGGGCCUUUGUAUGUACCAGUUUGAGUGCAUGAUACAGGAGCAUCUUCCAGAGCUCUUUGUACAUUUUCAAUCUCAAAGCUUUCAUACCUCAAUGUAUGCAUCAUCCUGGUUUCUGACUAUCUUUCUUACAACAUUUCCACUACCAAUUGCAACAAGGAUAUUUGAUAUCUUUAUGUCUGAGGGUUUAGAAAUAGUAUUUCGGGUAGGAUUAGCGCUCCUUCAAAUGAAUCAGACAGAACUGAUGCAACUUGACAUGGAAGGAAUGUUACAGCACUUUCAGAAGGUCGUUCCACAUCAGUUUGAUGGGGGUCCAGACAAAUUAAUCCAGGCAGCUUACCAAGUCAAAUAUAAUUCCAAAAAAAUGAAAAAGCUUGAAAAGGAGUACACUACAAUAAAAACUAAAGAAAUGGAAGAGCAAGUUGAAAUUAAAAGGUUACGGACAGAAAAUAGACUUUUAAAACAACGCAUUGAAACAUUAGAAAAAGAAAGUGCUUCCCUGGCAGAUAGAUUGAUACAGGGACAAGUGACAAGAGCCCAGGAGGCUGAGGAAAACUACCUCAUAAAACGGGAGUUGGCCACCAUCAAACAGCAGAGUGAUGAGGCCAGUGCUAAACUGGAGCAUGCUGAGAGUACCAUCAGGAAGCUCCAGCACCAGCAACAAUGGCAUAAGUGCAGUUCCAACUACAAUGAAGAUUUUGUACUACAACUAGAAAAGGAACUGGUCCAAGCCCGCUUGAGUGAAGCUGAGUCUCAAUGUGCGCUAAAGGAGAUGCAAGAUAAAGUUCUGGAUAUUGAGAAGAGGAACAAUUCUUUUCCUGAUGAGAAUAACAUCGCAAGGCUUCAGGAGGAACUCAUUGCUGUGAAACUGAGAGAAGCAGAAGCUGUUAUGGGCUUGAAAGAACUAAGACAGCAAGUCAAGGAUUUAGAGGAACACUGGCAGCGCCAUUUGGCCCGUACUUCUGGCAGAUGGAAAGACCCACCCAAGAAAAAUGCUGUGAAUGAGUUACAAGAUGAAUUGAUGACCAUUCGGCUUCGAGAAGCUGAAACACAGGCAGAAAUAAGAGAAAUAAAACAAAGGAUGAUGGAAAUGGAAACACAGAACCAGAUCAACAGUAACCAUCUUCGAAGAGCAGAACAAGAAGUGGUCAAUCUGCAGGAGAAAGUGCAGUAUCUUUCAGCACAGAACAAAGGGCUGCUUACUCAGUUAAGUGAAGCAAAGCGAAAGCAAGCAGAGAUUGAAUGCAAGAACAAGGAAGAGGUGAUGGCUGUAAGGCUCCGGGAAGCAGACAGUAUCGCCGCUGUGGCAGAACUGCAGCAGCAUAUCGCUGAGCUUGAAAUCCAGAAAGAAGAAGGAAAGCUUCAAGGACAGCUUAAUAAGUCUGAUUCUAACCAGUAUAUUAGAGAACUGAAAGAUCAGAUAGCAGAGCUGAAUCAUGAGCUCAGAUGUCUGAAAGGCCAGAGGGGCUUCUCAGGCCAACCCUCUUUUGAUGGAAUCCACAUCGUCAACCAUUUAAUAGAUGAUGAAUCAUUGCAUUCCUCUGAUGAAGAUUUUAUAGAUAAUUCCUUGCCAGAAAGUGGUGCUGGUUUUCCUUUGCACAGAAAACCUGCCCCUGUGUCUUUGGACCCUGUUGUGGCUGAUGACAGUGAAAGUGAACCAGAAGACAGUGUGCUGGAGACCAGAGAGAGGGACCCCGUGGUUCAGAAGGAGUGGCCUUCGAGACGAGAGUCUUACUCAACCACUGUCUGACAUCACUGUGACCUAGACUGUGGAUUUGGAUUUGUUCAAGGGAUCAACUAUCGUGUGAUUAAGGGUUUUUGGAAGACAUCUGUUUCAUAUGUAAAUAUAUAUAUAUAUGAACAUAUAUAUAUUUUACUAUUUUAUCUGCCUUUUUAUCUUUGCCAAAUCUUCACCACUGACUUAACCAUUGCCAUAAAGUAGGCAAGAGUAUGGUUAACGGGGGAGGGGGAAUAAGGAUCUAACAGUAUUACUGAAUAUUAGUGUGUCUUGUUUAGAAAAUACAAUUAGAUCUAUAUGUGGGAACCAUUUUGAAGUUCAGAACUAUGGAAAAUUGAAUUUUCUUCAGACAAACUGCUCUUGUGCAAUAUUUUAUGUCCAGUGAACAAAUUGUACAUUUUAUGUUCAUCAAUUUGUUUUCAGGGCAGCUGUCAGCAGACAUUUAUUCAAGACAUAAGCCUUGCAUAAACCUUGUGUUUUGUGUUUGGGGGAUUUUUUUUUUUCAUUAAAAUGACUGUUCAUUAAUGGGCCACUGAGAGUUCCCAAACACAAAGCUUUUUAUUUUUUUCAUAUAAUUUUAUAAACAAUGAUUGUGUGUCUUGAGAGUUUUUAAGUUUCACUAUAAUUUCUAACUUUUAUGUGCAUAUGAUACUUCAUGUAUUACCUACCAAUCAGAGUUGUAGGUUAACUGCAAAUACAGUUUUUUGUACAUAUUUAUAAUCCUGCCAUUACCCCACACUGAACAUCAUUUUAUACAAAGAAAUAUACCAGUUGCAAAAUAACUGCCUUCAUCCUAAAAAAGAUUUUUGUAAAUAAUAGAUUAAAAUAAAAUUAAAAAUAAAACCAAACACUAAUAUUUUAAUAGCAUUAGUAUUUUGCUUAGCAUUCAGCACUAGCAGAUUUAUAACAUAAUUGAUGCUUGUUCAAAAACACUAUUGAGAAAUAUUUUAUUUCAUGACUGUCACUAAAUACAUUUUUCAUGAUUAAAGAAUAGCACAUACUGCAUAGUGCUAAUAUUCUAUUUAAUGUAAUUAAAACAUUGGACUGAAGUUUAUGAUCCACAGUCAUAUUUCAAGUAUCCCACAAACAUUAUCUUUCAUAUUAUCUAGUAUAAAGCCAUAAGAAAACUUUACUACUCCCCCUUUUUUUUUUAAAAUCAUCUGGACUUUUCCCUGAGAAAACAAAAUGCCUGUCAUUGAUAAAUUGCAAGAACCACCCAGAUUAAAUUCACACUAUGGAAAGACAAAAAGAAUGUGCUAACUCAAUGCCUUUUACUCUCAUUUUUAUCAACAGCCUAUGGAAAAAAUAGCCUUGAAAAUAUACGAAGAAGGUAUAUAGGGAUAUACAAUUUUACACAAUAUAUUUCAUGUAAAAAAAUUUUUUUUAUGAUAGAAUGGAGUAGGUGAGCUAAAAUUAGUUUUCUAGAACCAGGAGUUAAGCCUUACUGGGAAAUACAGUGCUUGUUGAAUUACUGGUCCUAGAAUUUACUAGAACCAUUAGGCUCUAUGUGGUUGUUUUCUUGAGAAAUAAGAUUAAAAACCUGCCUGCUAUGUCUGUAGUACCAGACUGAAUUCACGUGGUUAAGUUGUCCAUUUGUGGUCAAAGCUGAAAAAUGCCAGAGACGAGAUUUACUUAUAUUUUUGUCAGUGCAAGGAAUUUAACCCAGGGCCUCAAGCUUGCAAGGAGUGCUUUUCUACUGAACCAUAUCUCUGGCCAAGAUUUAAAUCCAGACCUAACCCCAAAGCAUUUGAAAUGGUUCAGCUAGUAAAUUUCUCAGUUCCCCACUUUUUUGAAUUAAAUGAAUUUGAUUUAAAUGUUUUUAAUGCACUUGUAGAUAUGUAGAGCUAUAAAACUAUGCAUACAAACAAUACUCUUAAACUCGUGUGUAGUUCGUGAGUGUAAAACACUGCUCCUAAUAUUGUCUGACAAGUCUUUCAUGCUGUCAAUCUAGUACCUAUCGAUGCUCAGGUGACAAGAAUAGUUGGAGGAAGAAAAACAAAUCAUUGGUGUUAUAUGAAAAUCAUAUGAGAUUCAGAUUAAAGUGUCAAAGUUUUAUGCUCCACUUAGAUUGUAGAUGGCUGCUUUUGUGGGACAAUGGCAGAGUUGAGUAGUUGCAGCUGAGAGGAUCUGGCUCCCCUUAACAUAUGUCCAUUCUAGCACUUUAGAGAGAGGCAAAGAUUCCUUCCUGACCUUUGGUUUAGAUACUUCAAAAUAUAGCUUUAUUUAUUCAGUUUGUCUUAGAAUAUCUAACAGUCUACUGUUACUGUUGAGCUAGUGGUUUGGAAGUCUAAAAUUUCGUUGGGGCCAGAAAGGUAGUAUAUAGCAGGUAAAGCCCUUGCCUUGAUGCACAUGACCUGCGUUCAAUCCCAGGCACCACAGAUGUUCCCUCCAGCCCUACUGGGAGAGAUUUCUGAACACAGACCAAGGAGUAAGCCCUGAGUAACACUGAUAUGGCUCCCAAAAGUAGCUGCUUUAUAUCAUAAAAUCAUUGAUGCCAUAGACAAACUUGGAAGGUUAUCUUUAUCUUUGGAAAUGGGGAAAGAACUCAAAAUAUUUUUUAAAACAGUGGUUUCCAACCACUUUUCGCAGGCUUAAGGUUGAGAAAUUCUGAUAUCAACCACUAUGGUUAACUGUUGGUCAGUGUUUGGGCAGUGCCAGUUCUCAGGUGUGUAAAAGUUGGAUCCCGUGGUUUUAAGCAUACAUCAUUGAUGUGUAGCAUAUGCUCUACUGUGUCAGUGUUACUUACCAUUGACAUUAGAACAGAAACAGCUUUCUUGAAUUAUGUUUGAAUUUUAAACUGAAAGACAUUCUUAAAGAGUUCCUUAAGUGCUGUACAUGGAGUUAGGUGUAAGAAGUGGUAAAAAUUUGUUGACAUUUCAACUAUUGAGACUUAAAAUAAUAUUCACAUUCAAGAUCUUUAAUUACUCUUAGGAUUUAUAAUCUUCCUGGAAAAUGAAGUCAAGAUAUAACUAUAUAGUCUUUAUUCUUUUAUUAACAUUAGGCCCUCAGUUCUGAUGAUGAAUUGAGACAUCAAGUCCAACCGACUGGCCAGCAAUUUUGGAAGAACUUUUUCUUAGUGGUUGAACAUGAUGCAGCUGGUUAUUCUCCAGUUAGUGCCUUUGACUGAAAACAAGGUCUAGACCUUUUUUAACUUUUUAUUUUUAACAUCAUAAGAAAUUAUUUGGUUCAUUCUUUACUCUUUUACAUCUUUUACAUAAUGUACUAUUAAUUUUUAACUUUAAAGGAAAUUAAGAGAAUUGUGUUUUGAUAAGGCCUUUCCAAGGUCAGUUUGCUGUUGUGUAGUACCAUACCUUACUUUUCUACAUUUUAAUUUAAUUCAUUCCAUCAAAAUUAAAACUUCUGGUAAAAGUGGAAUGGAUUCUCUAUAAUCCAAGAUUUUACAUCACAUCACAUCACAUUACUCAAAGAGAUGGUAAAGUAAUACAUUAGAGUAACUGUAAAGAAGCAAAAUUAUAAUGUAUUAUAUUUACUCUUGGAAUUUCUUUUUAUAACAUUGUAUAAUAAUCCGAGAUGUUUACUUGUGCCUUUGCUUUAAACAAUUAAAGUUUUUCCAUUUUA